AUGGCAGCUGCAUACCCCCCUGGCGGAACCUUUUUUCAAACCCUCAAGAAGAGCUUCGCAGACGUCCCUGUCGACGAGGCCAAGGACAGGGCCAUCUCGACCACCGAGUUCCUAGAGGCUGCUGAGAGCACCACCACUCUUUUCGAUGUCCUGGGCUCCGUGGCCUUCAAGCCCGUCAAGGGUGACAUGAGCGGCAACAUCAAGAAAAUCCGCGACAGGCAGCUUGCUGCGCCAGCCCAGUCAGAGACGCUCCAGGAGCUUUGCUUGAACGAGCUCAAGGAGAAGAAGCACACUGCCACCGAAGGUCUCCUGUGGCUGACUCGUGGCCUCGACUUCACUGCUCAGGGUCUCCGUCACAACAUCUCCAACCCCUCCAAGGAGCUCGCCGACUCCUUCCGCGACGCCUACGGCAACACACUCAAGCCCCACCACUCCUUCAUGGUCAAGCCCGUCUUCAGCGCUGCCAUGAGCGCUACACCUUACCGCAAGGACUUCUACAGCAAGCUUGGCGAUGAUGACAGCAAGGUCCAGGCUGAGCUGGAACAGUGGCUCGCAGCGUUGGAGAAGCUCCUCGCUAUCCUGAACGAGUUUUUGGCAAGGAAGGAAGCCAAGUGGUAG